AUGAUGGAUGCAACAGUGGGGCACGCCACAGCGACAGCGACGCCUGUGGCGAUGAAUGUGGAGCCAUGCACCCCACGUUUCCAGACACAGCCGAUGGUGAGCCCGACCUCGUCAGCCAAGCGCCGUGCAGAGGAUCGUUUUUAUGGCCACAGGCUGAUGGCUGAAGUCAGUGAACGGUUCCUCAUGUGCCUCUUUUCCUGCUCGCAAAAUUCAAUGGCUACCACCGCCGACACGGCCAUCCACAAGCAGCCAUGUACGCCGCGACUUGCACACUUUGUGGCCUAUGCGCUAUACCGUACGCGACUGCCCAUGACUGUCGUAUACACUGCUCUGCUUUUGCUCUUGCGGCUCAAAACACGCUACCCAGUUGCACGGGGCUCUUCUGGCCACCGUCUUUUUAUCUCUGCCUUUAUGCUUGCCACCAAGAUGCUCUGCGACGACUCGUACAACAACAAGAGUUGGGCGAUUGUCGGCCAGGGCCUUUUUACGCUCGUCGAGAUUAACCAAAUGGAACGCGAACUGCUGGGCUAUCUGGACUUGAAACUUGACGUUGCGCCCGGCGAGCUUGCGCAAUUCACCGCGACGCUUGAAAAGUACGGCGCGCCUGCGCUCUCGCUCACAGAGCUGAACACACUGUGCCUUGGUGCUCCUGUACGCUCACACACCCCACACACCACAUCCUCGCCCACAGAUGCACCGCGGUCGAAAAGCGCGCACAGACGGCGCCCUUUGCACAGACGCUCGCUCAGUUUGCGUCCCGAUUUCUGGACACAAGCCCAUGGGCCCCCACUGUGUGUAUCAGGCAUGCCACGUCGUGCAGACAGCGAAUGGUCGAUGCAACAGGCUGUACGCGCUUGCCCAUCGCGCGCUUCGCUGCCGGCUCAGCGGAAUGCGACGAGCGCGGCCAUGUUUCCUGCGAUGCCGCCGUACGCUGCGUCCGCCGCAUCAGUUGCUGCGAUGGCCAGUGUUGCUGCCGUGCCGAACCUCAUGCUCUCUGAAUCCCACCGCUCGCCCAUGGCGCGCCAGCUGUACGCUACGGAAAAUACCUCUUCUCUCUCCAUCGCGACACCCGGCAGCAUAUCCUCGAUCGAUCGCCUGACCCCGUCCACGUCUCUCUCCGACUUUGAGCCGAGUCCAUGGACAAAUGCACCGACCCUCCAACCCUUCCACCACCCCAUCAAGGACGCGUGGGACGAGGUCGGACCCCACCGCGCCCCGUUUCGUGUACCCAACCUGUAG